UGGCGAUAGACUGGAAAUAGUUUCGAACGACGAAAAUCUACUAAGUUGUGUGUCAGAAUGAUUUCUCCCAAGAAUUAGCCGUCCUUACCCAUCUUUCAUGGCUCCAAGCAAUUCAAAGUCAAGAUGGGGAUGAAUCAAAAGGCAAACGAGCUAACAAGACUGGUAUCGAAGUCCUUAGGCUUGGAGUCCUCAUGUAUUCGUGUGUGUUCCGUAUCACGAGUCAGUUGUUUGGUCCACGAAGGCUGGCUUCAUUCAGUGAUAUCAGGAUCUUCUACUGGUGAUGAAGGCAGGCUUUAUUCACAUCCUGGGUCUGAAUAUGAACGCCAGCUACUCCUUCAACCAUCUCAUGCAGGGCCUAAUCCACCGUGGCUACGGGUCUCCAUUAAAGUUGUGCUGAAAUCUGAAAAUGCUCAGUUCUUUCCAUGGGAGUCAAGGCACAGGGAGCCCAAGUCAAGAUCACUUUCCACUGUUGCUGACCUGAUCCAGGAACUGAGUGAAGAGUCCUUCCAGCACACCUGGGGUGUGGCACUGAGCAGCCACCCACUUGCCCUAUCCUACCUACCACACCCAAAAUGGAGAAAACAGGAUAAUCAGAAUGUUAUUCAUCAAAUCAUCAGUGAUGUCUUUGGUGUACCAGUCAUCUCCCUACAGAAACACAGCACUCUGUCCAACACUAAGCCUAAUGGCUACCUAAGAGACUUGCAUGGGAAUGAGACUCAUGCGCCUUCAGAUAGUAACCUCAUCCCUCUAGUAUGUGCCCUCGAGUGCAGAGACGCAUACUUUCUUGUGGAGCCGUUUUUCGCCUAUGGACUGCAUGACAUCUUUACGUUCAGCCCUGCUGUGAUGUCACAUAGCACUAUCCGUCUGCUGUUCAUUAUCUACCAGAUCCUACAUGCGUUACAAUGGUACCAUGAGAAUAACUUACCAUUUGGGAAUCUAGCACUGGGGAAUAUCAGAAUAAGCAAGGGACUGCUUCUCUACCUUACCACUCCAACUUUUAAGGAGGUCCUUGGGGAUGUGCUCUUUAAAGGGGAGGAAACCCUGCCUGGAAGGGACUGUGAGGAUGGCCAUUCAUUGAUUGGCUCAACAAUGGACAUGGCAGAUGAAAGGAUUACUCUAAAGAUGCCAGUGUCACAGGACUUAUUGAGCUCCCAGGAGUCGACUGUAUUAGACUCCCUAACUGACCCAAAUGUGCUUACUCAUGACUUAGCUACGCUAGUUGACAUGUGGGUAAGGGAUGAGAUAACAAACUUUGACUACUUAAUGGCAUUGAACUAUCACUCCGGCCGACGCCUUGGCGACCCAAACUACCACCCAUUGUUUCCAUGGGUUGUGGACUUCACAGAAGAGUGUGGCGGAUUUAGGGACCUUUCCAAGACCAAAUUUCGUCUCAAUAAAGGCGACCACCAGCUUGACAUGAUGUAUAAGCAGUCGUGGUUCGAGAGCCACGAGGGAGGCAACUCCGAGACAGUCCCUCAUCAUGUGUCUGAUGUUCUGUCAGAGAUAACGUAUCAUGCAUACCUCGCUCGCAGGACGCCUGUGUCUGUAUUGUGCGAACACCUCAGGUCAAACUGGGUUCCAAACGAGUACCCGGCAAGCAUGAAAAGACUGUUUGAGUGGACCCCUGACGAAUGCAUCCCCCAGUUUUUUACAGAUCCUUCAAUUUUCUCUUCAAUUCACGAUGACUUGCCGGACUUAGCACUACCUCCUUGGACGCCAACUCCCACAGACUUCAUUUCCUGGCAUCGGAAUGCUCUGGAGUCGGACGAGGUGUCCAGAGAGCUGCACAAUUGGAUUGACCUCACGUUUGGUUACAAACUAAGCGGCAAGGCUGCAAUCAAGGCGAAGAACGUUUGUUUGGAUUUGGUCAGCAAGAGCCAGUCAGUGAGCAACUUUGGUGUUGUGCAACUAUUCACCCAACCCCACCCUCCUCAAUCUACAUGUUGCGCCAUGCUAGACCCCACCUCUUUUAGCUGCACACCUCUCUAUCACCAACACGGAAACUGUCUCAUCGACCAAAAUCCCCUGCUCAGACAUCUAAAGGAACAUUUAGAUGACUCCAUGGGGUCUUUGGAUAGUAUUGACGAAGGGGGGCUGGAUGCUGACAUGCUUCAGGGUAAAAGGGCUGAUCCGAGUGAUGCCCCUCCCCGUGAUACCGUCCCACUUGUGAACACCUUCAGUGCUCUUAUGGGACCUCGGGAGAGCGCUCUUGUUGAACCUGAAGCUGCUGUGGAUGUGAUAUACCUGCCCGAUGAUUACAAACCGCUUGAGAUGUUGGAGAAGUAUGAGGCCAUACAGAAAUUCAAGAGGCAGUUUCCAGCCAAAAAGUAUUCAAGCGAUGACUCAAAGCGAAAUAUUUUGUCAAGAGAGGCCCUCCUGAAGCAUUUAAUGCAGAAGGACCUGGAAGCGCUCGGCUGCCUGAUUGUCGAGAUCGUCCUGAAUGAGAAAGUACGGCUCGCCACGGCUGGUCUGAGUGAGAAAGAAAAGGCACGGACGAUCAGGGACAUGGCUUUGGAAAAUGGCAAGCUUUUACCUCGAUUCGUGCGCAAUGGCGUUCUUCGGCUUCUCAACUCAGCCGACGACAAGCAUGGGUCUGUUCACCAGGAUGCUGAUGAUGACAAUGAUAGCGAUGACUCGAUCCCGCCGCUAUCCGCACGUCAUCUUCUUCAUCCCCAAACCGGUCUAUUCCCUUUCCCGGAACAUUUCAAGGAAAUCCACGCAUUCGUAGUGCGUUUUAACCGAGCAAGACUUCAAACCAAGUCCAGGGAAAUCCAGGAACUGGUUGCUACGGAUAACGCAUCUUUAGAUGGCCUCGGUCACUGCUUCACACCAAAUUCCAGUUAUUCCAUGUCCCAGGUAGACAUUGCACUGGAAAUCCUACCAUCACUGUUGCCAGACCUGAAUGACGAAGGCUUCCAGCUCGUAUUCUACCAUUUAGAGCCAUUGUUCACCAAUCAGGAGACGUGCCUGUACGCGUUUACACAUCUCUUUGAUAUCCUCGCGCAUGCGAUGGGGCCAAAGGUCACGGUGAAGAAAUUCCUGAAGCCCUUGAUUGAGCUUUACGACUCAAGAAGUUUAGCGAUUUAUGAGCAUCUCACUUCCCAGGCGUUCCUAUCCCAAAUCAUCGUCCGCUUUGGCUUGGAGAACUUCCUGACUAACUUUGUCAGUUUUGUAAUCGAUGCUGUUGCAUUUGAACUGAUGCUUCAAAAGAAGACCACGCCACCCACGGACCGCGUCUCUGUGCACAGCGCCGACGGCAUCCAGAUUGAAGAUGAACAACAGAAGGAGAAAGACGACAAAAGACUUUAUCCCUCAGUCGACGAGGAUGAAGACGAUGAUGUCACCAAUGGUACCAACGCCAUCUUUAGCGACCAGGAGGAGACGGCUGACUACGCCGUACAUGUUGAUGACGUAGAUGAUGAAAUCAGUGGUGACGUAGGGUACUUCAUAAAACGACGGACCGGGAAGCGGAGGACAUUCAAGAGACCACCUUACAGGGAGAGAGACAGCGAAGAGGAUAUACACAAAAGAGUUUCAGAUAAACUUAGUGGAGAGCAUUCUCGUAAUGACCUUGGUGUGAGGAUGGAAGAAAUAUUGGAUGGGAGCGAGAAAGAGUCACCCUCCGAUGAUAGUGGCACCGAUAAGAAAGAACAGGAUAACAGAAUGCACAAAGAAGGUGAACCUGGAGAAGUAGAGUCACGUAAAGAGAAUGGUGAAGGCGAAAGUUCUGCUGGUGUACAUAGAGGGAGUAUGCUGGAUGCCAUGCGGGACAAGCCCAUUAACAAGGCCGAUACACCAUCCGUCUCCAGAGCACCUCAAGGAAGUGAGUCCGAGGAAGCUGUGCCUUUCCCCAGCCAGACCUCCGACGCUAACAUAACCUCUGAUUCAGAUAUUGCGCAGGGUGCAUUUAAGGACGAGGAUUUUAACGGUGGAGACGGUAGGAGUGAUAGGGAGUUAUUGGCGUUCGACAAAGAUCUAGAAGAUUCCGAGGACUCUGAUGACGAGGGAUCUGAUGAUUCAAAUGAUGCCCCUGAUGAAUUGGAUGACGAAGCAGAUGAGUCGUUAGGAGUAAAUAGGGGACUCGAGGAGUCAAUGGACUCGGAGCCACCACCCUACGACUUCUACCAGGACUCAAGUAUAGCUGUUGAUGAGAAGGAAAAGGUUGCAGAUCUUACCCCAGCCUAUGUGUCCGCCAUGGCGGCAGAGAGUGUGAUGUGGCUGGCGCCGCGACUCGGCCCAGUGCUCACAUCUCAGCACAUCGCGCACCAACUCUUGCAGAUGCUCCCGCAGUGCUACGUUGAUGUCUUAGGUGUGGCGCAGUACGAGCAAGAAGAUGAGGACCGCAAAGCCAAGUGGGUAUUGUACUGCUUGGGGAGCUUCUGUAUCCUGUACGGCGAGGCGUUUGUGAUGCACCAGUACCUACCUCACAUGCAGAAAACGGUAACUUCCCUCCAAACACGGUUCGGCGCUCGUGGCGAAGCCUCGCUCGCUUCUGUGUUCGCUCUACUGAAGUACUGUAUACCGUACAUGUCCAAAGAAACACUAGUUGACAACUUUGAAACUCUCGUAAAGACCGUGUUCCAACCAGUUCUUCGUAUCCUGUCCUCUUGGAACAUUAAAUUCCCCGGGGGAGGGGAGGCACGGGCAGCACUUUGCCACAGCUAUGUGGACUUGUUGACGGCGUUGAGUAUGAAACUGGAGCGAGAACUGACGAGAGAACUGAUGACCGCGCCUUUACAGCAGUUCUUCUCAUGUUUUGCGCUGGUGCACCUGAAAAAGGAGUACCGACUGGGAGGUGCGUCCUCUACCGCAGUCACAAGCACGGCCAUGGGGGGAAAUGAGGGGAGCCAAACAAACUUACUCGAACCCCAAGGUGACAUCACCCGUCCUGAGCAGAUCGAGGCGUUCUGUAAGACGGCAAUGUACGAUGAGCUGUACUUGACCUUCAGCCCCGCCAUGGCCCACCACGCGUAUGUCCCCCUCUGUGGUAUCAUGGGUGGCAAGUACAUGGAGACAGUUCUCUACAACCAUGACCUUAUAUGGAGUUUGUGCUGCAGCCAUGAUGUACAGCUAUCCCACCCAAGCUUUGAUGAGCAAGAGUCACGUGAUGAUGACGAUGAGGUCCAGGAUGAUGGGAAGGCUGUGCUCGUUGGCGAAGAGGGUGAAUUGAACAAGGGGACUGGUGAAGGAAAGAAUACCGGGAAAAGGGCUAAAAGAAGAAGUGGCUCCAAACCGAGAAUUCCUUCUUGGCUAAGAAGGACCGAGAAAAAUAAAGAACCAGACACAACAAGUAUAGGGAGUAUGCAAGUUUCAUCCUCGGAUCAGUACCUGAAGGGAAGCUGGCUGGAGCACUGGAAAUACCAGCUGAAUUCCAAGAAAUCUCGGGAGCGAAAAUCACAGUUCCACUUGCAGCAAGCCAAGUUACAAACUUUCACUGGUCAUAGCGGUGCAGUGAGGUCCCUCUGUAUCCAGGACAGUGAACACUACUUCCUCUCGGCCAGCAAGGACAAGACAGUCAAGCUGUGGUCGCUGAGUAAUCAUGGUGGCGGUACCGCCCAGUCUGCUAGCUCCUGUACCUACUACCAUCACAGCCGUGGCGUAUUCGCUGUUGACAUGGUGGAAUCUGUCAGGCAAGCUGCCUCUUGCGACGGUACAGUGCACAUCUGGGACCCAGUCUCCGCGAGUACAGUCAGCAUCCUAGAGCUACCGCGGGGAAGUGCGGCGGUCGCCAUGACAGCAAUGCCUGCUCCAAGUCAGUCGGUCGUCGUGGGGACGUCAGAAGGGACAGUCAGGUUCAUCGAUGUUCGCCAGCGAGCCUUUGUGCAGGAAUGGAAAACGACUACCAGUAAUGUCGCUGGCUCCAUCCGGGAUAUUUGCUGCGGGCCGGAUAACCGCUGGGUAGCGAUCGGUUUUUCUUCUGGUCUUGUGUCGGUACUGGAUGUGCGCGGGGGUCUACUGCGCAGCCAGAGGCGUGCACACACCAGCGACGUGCUGCAGGUCCGCGCAUUAAGUUCGAACUCACUUGUGACGUCAUCAGUAGACCAAGGCCUAUCGAUGUGGAAAGACGACGGCCAGAGACUCAAAAGCCUCAAAGGUCACGUGGAUCCUCUCCACUUACUAAUUGUCCUGAAGAAUGACGUCAUUUCCGCCAGUUCGACCAAUCGGAUCGGUCUCCAUCAGACUGGAGAAGGCUAUGACGACGAACUACCUUACACGAGCUACAAACUUCCGGUGGAAGUAUUCCGAGGGAACAUUACAUCAUUGGGCUACUUGCCUCUAAACAGGCUACUCCUGCUUGGAAGCGACACAGGCAACAUCACACUAUGUGCUUGACAUUCAUGUACACGUGAGAAGGUAACGCCAUUUUCCGGCGGAAGUGAUAAUGAAUUCUAAAAAGGGCAUCCCUGCAUUUGAGUGAGCCAUGCCCCGGCUAUGUCGGGGCGAAUUUUUUGACAACCAGAUCAAUAAAGGAGUUAGCAAGUACAAAUGAGCAAUAUUUUUAUUGUGGUGUACGCACAGGAACGUCCCUGUGUAAUGUAAUUGAAAGUAUUUUCUACGUAAAUUUUCAAAUUUUUAUGAUGUAAUAUUAUUCCAAAUACAGUGAUGGUAGGAUUUAAUAGAAUAAUUUAUUUUGAUACAGCUGGAAAUUAUAAAAUAAGAAUUGUAAAAAUAACAGAGUUAUUAUACUGAAAAUGUCUAUUAUUUGUACAAGGGGUAUAGGAUAAUUUGACUCCGAAA